AACUUCAGUUUGAUAUUUUGGUUGGUCGUGAAAAAAACUUUUGCAGAGAGUUUGGUGGUCAAAAGAGGGUAAAAAAGUGCGAUUUUCAAGCGAAAAACAUUGUGGAAUUGUGGCCAAAGGCGCAUGGAUCAGCUGGAUGGUGUUGGCCGAAUGAAAUUGUGGAUGCAUCGGGACUUUUUUGGUCAUCCUCUCCCGUACACAUUUGUCGCCAUCGAGUGCUCAAGUUAUAAAAUGGCGACCGAAAAUUAAGAGAUAUUUCCCUUGAGGGGUGCAAACGGAGAAAAAACAUUUCGGUGUCUCCCCCGUUGCAUUGGGGCUGGAAAUAAUGCCAAAUUCACCGAGAGUGUUUAAUUGUGAUAAAUUCUUUAGGAAAAUUCGCGGUGGAAUUGCCCAGGAAAAGAGAUAUUCGUAUUUUUUUACGUAAUCACUAAAAUGAAUCAGGAGAAGCAAGACAAAAGUGAGUCUGACAAUGAGUCCAGCACUGAUAAUAGCAAAAGUGAAUCGAGUUCAGACACAGAAAGUGAAUCAGAUUCGGGUACAUCGAGUUCAGGAUCAAGUCAGAGGUCCGAUGAAUCGAAGAGUGAGAGCACCGUAAAGACCCCACUGAAUCAAUCGAAGGAAGACAAGUCCCAAAAUACCUCCGAGGAGGAUAAUGCAGAGAAGAACAGCGAUGAUGAUGAGGAGGAAGAGGAGGAUUCAAGUGAUGAUGACAUCUACACAAAUACUCGCACAGGGAAUCGCGAGGAUUAUCAGAAUUCCGAGAAAAGUAGUCCAGAUGAUGAUGAGGACUACAGGUAUCGACGAAAACCACCCCCAAAGAAGAAGCCACCCCCUGCGAGGAAUGCAAGUCGGCCAAAGAAGAAAAACAAUCGAUGGCAUUCGGGUACUUCGGAGAGCGGGAGUGAGAGUGAAGAGGACGUCACCCCGCGUCGUCCGGCUGUGAGUAAGAAGCGUCCUGUGAAGAAGAGAACAAAGAAUGCCAACUACUCAUCGGACUACACUGAUAGUGAUGAGGAACGAAAGCGUGGCGGGUCGAGACGUGCUGCCACGACAACGGUGAGCUACAAAGAGGCGAGUGAUGAUGAGAAGACGGGCUCUGAGGAUCUCAUUGAUGUGGAUUACGAUGAAUCCCUGCCGGCGGAUGCGGAGGAGAAUAAAUCGGAGACAAUUGAGAGGAUUAUAGGACGCAGGGAAGGCCGUAAAGGGGUUACGGGGAAUCAGACGACGGUGUAUGCAAUUGAGGAAGCUGGUGUGGAUCCCAAUGAGGGUGCUGAUGCGUUGGAUGAUGCAGACAAGGAGACGCAGUUCUUGAUUAAGUGGAAGGGAUGGUCACACAUACACAACACGUGGGAGAGUAAUGAAUCAUUGAAGGAGCAAAAAGUGAAGGGAAUGAAGAAGUUGGAGAACUACAUAAAGCGCGAGAGUAGCAUUGAGGCGUGGCGAAAGAUGGCUGGACCGGAGGAUAUUGAUUAUUUUGAGUGUCAGAUGGAAUUGCAGUUGGAGCUGCUAAAGAGCUACAACAAUGUCGAUCGGAUCAUUGCUCAGACGGUCCGUAGUGAUGGUGGUGUUGAUUACUACUGCAAGUGGGAAUCAUUGCCGUAUUCCGAGGCAACGUGGGAGGAUGCAAGCCUAGUCAAUAGGAAGUGGUUGUCCAAAGUGGAGGAAUUCAAUGAGCGAGAGAAUUCAAAGAAGACCCCAUCGAGGCAUUGCAAAGUACUCAAGUAUCGUCCGAAGUUUCAUCAUUUGAAGACACAACCGGAGUUCUUGGGAGUCGAGAGGGAUCUAAUCUUGCGUGAUUACCAAAUGGAUGGGCUGAAUUGGUUGAUUUUGUCAUGGUGCAAGGAGAAUUCGGUAAUCUUGGCGGAUGAAAUGGGCCUGGGGAAGACAAUUCAGACAAUUUGCUUCCUUUUCUACUUGUUCAAAGUUCAAUCCCUCCACGGGCCAUUCCUCUGUGUUGUCCCACUGAGUACAAUGACGGCGUGGCAGCGGGAAUUCGCCUUGUGGGCUCCAGAAAUGAAUAUUGUCACGUAUUUAGGGGAUGUGCAGUCAAGGGAGAUUAUUCGUCAGUACGAAUGGCAGUAUGAGUCGUCAAAACGUCUAAAGUUCAAUGCAAUCCUUACAACGUAUGAGAUCCUUUUGAAGGAUAAAAUGUUUCUGGGGUGCAUAAGCUGGGCAGCAUUGCUCGUAGAUGAGGCGCAUCGGUUGAAGAAUGAUGAUUCCCUACUUUACAAGGCUCUAAAGGACUUUGAGACGAAUCACAGGCUCCUAAUUACGGGAACACCCUUGCAAAACAGCCUCAAAGAACUCUGGGCUCUCCUUCACUUUAUAAUGCCAUCGAAAUUUGAGACUUGGGAGCAUUUUGAGCGGGAGCACGGGAAUGCAGCGGACAAAGGCUAUACGAAGCUGCAUAGUCAGCUAGAACCGUAUAUUCUACGGCGUGUAAAGAAGGACGUUGAGAAGAGUCUUCCAGCAAAAGUGGAACAAAUUCUCCGUGUUGAGAUGACGUCAAUCCAAAAGCAGUACUACAAAUGGAUCCUAACGAAGAACUUUAAUGCCCUGCGCAAGGGCGUUAAGGGGUCCAUGUCGACCUUCCUGAAUAUUGUAAUUGAACUGAAGAAGUGCUGCAAUCAUGCUGUUCUCAUUCGUCCCCUUGAAUACGAAGCGCACGUUAACACCGAAGAUCUGGCCCAACAACUCCUACGUGGAAGUGGAAAACUCGUCCUGCUAGAUAAGCUUCUUUGUCGACUACGGGAGACAGGCCAUCGUGUGCUGAUCUUUUCGCAAAUGGUACGAAUGCUGGACAUUCUGGCGGAAUAUUUGCAGAAAAGGCAUUUCCCGUUCCAACGUCUUGACGGGAGUAUAAAAGGUGAGAUCCGGAAGCAAGCCCUUGAUCACUUCAAUGCUGAAGGUUCAACGGAUUUUGCCUUUCUCCUGUCAACGCGUGCCGGUGGUUUGGGCAUUAAUCUCGCCACAGCGGACACAGUGAUUAUCUUUGAUUCAGACUGGAAUCCGCAGAAUGAUCUUCAAGCCCAAGCAAGAGCUCAUCGUAUUGGGCAGAAGAAUCAGGUGAACAUCUAUCGGCUCGUAACGGCGCGAAGUGUUGAAGAGGAAAUUGUUGAGCGGGCAAAACAGAAGAUGGUUCUGGAUCAUCUUGUGAUACAACGAAUGGAUACAACGGGUAGGACUGUGCUCGACAAAGCGAGUAAUAGCAAUACUACACCAUUCAACAAGGAGGACCUUUCGGCAAUCCUGAAAUUCGGCGCAGAGGAGCUGUUCAAGGAUGAGCAGGAGAAUGAUGAUGAUCUUGUGUGUGAUAUCGAUGAAAUCCUCCGGAGGGCAGAGACACGUGAUGAGGGGCCAACAAUGGCGGGCGAUGAGCUCCUGAGUGCCUUCAAGGUGGCCAGUUUUGCGGCCUUCGAAGAGGACAAACAGGAGAGUCCGCUCGACUCCAAUGCCGAUGAUCAGCACGAUGGUGACACAAAGGAUUGGGAUGAUAUAAUCCCCGAGGAUUUCCGUAAAGCCGUCGAGGAGGAGGAGAAGAACAAAGAAAUGGAAGAUCUGUACUUACCCCCGCGCAGGAAGACACUCCAUCAGCUGAAUCAGGCAAAUGACUCAGGUGGGGCAUCGUAUGAGGGGAAAAAGAAGCGCAAACGCCAGACAGAUGAGUCAGAUGAUGGUAGUGAGGCGAGUGCCGAAGAUAGACCGAAGAAACGCGGAAGGCCACCGAUCAAAGAAAAAAUUCUCAAUUUUACCGAUCAGGAGCUAAGGAGAUUCAUUAGGAGCUACAAGAAAUUCCCAGCGCCACUCAAGAGAUUGGAAGCAAUUGCCUGUGAUGCUGAACUGCAGGAGAAACCACUGGCGGAAUUGAAGAAACUGGGUGAGAUGCUGCGGAAGAGGUGUGUGACAUUUCUCGAUGAACAUUCCAAAGAGAAUGAAAAUGAUGCGAAUGGGGUGAAGAAGCGUGGAGCAAGGGCGGGAUUUUCUGUUAAAUUCGGUGGGGUGUCCUUCAAUGCGCGCACCCUGAUGGCGUGUGAGGAGGAACUUCAGCCCCUUGAUGAGGUAAUGCCGGGGAAUUGCGAUGAACGCUUGAAGUGGGUGUUGGACAUUAAGACACGUCCGGCAAAUUUUGACGUUGAAUGGCACGUUGAGGAGGAUUCCCGGCUCCUCUGUGGGAUCUAUCAGUAUGGUAUUGGUUCGUGGGAAGCCAUGAAGAUGGAUCCAUCGUUGGGGUUGUCCGAGAAGAUUCUCUCGAAUGACAAUAAGAAGCCCCAGGGGAAGCAUUUGCAAUCACGUGCGGAGUAUCUGUUGAAGAUAAUCCGGAAGAAUGUGGAGCUGAAGAAGGGUGUUCAGAAGCAAAAGAGACCCCGAAAGGCUAAAGAAGCCGCAAAGGUUGUCUCAAAGGAGAUUGUUGAGAAUGAAGAUGCUUCAUCGGGGGAUGAGAGGAAGCAACACGCAAAGAAGGAGAAGAGAAUCUCCGAAACAGAUCAAAUGGUUAAUAAUUCUCUCGAAGAGAAUUCAAAUGGUCUCAAAGCUAACACAGCAGCAGGAGCAGGAGCAGCAACGACGACAACGGAGAAGAAGGGUAAAGUGAAGCAUCCGAAGGAAUCGAAGAAGGGAAAGAAACGAAAUUCCGACGGUCCAAUGCAUUUUACAGCCAACAACGAGCCACGAGCUCUUGUUGUUCUCGGUGAUCUCGAUCCGAAUGUCUUCAAUGAGUGCAAAGAGAAGAUGCGUCCCGUCAAGAAGGCUCUCAAGGCGCUCGAUAACCCAGAUCAGACACUCAGUACGCAGGAACAGGUGAAUCACACGCGUACCUGUCUCCUCAAUAUUGGGAAGCAAAUUGAUGAGUGUCUAUCGCAGUAUCGUGAUCCGGAUAAAGUGAAAGAGUGGCGAAGUAAUUUGUGGUAUUUUGUGUCGAAAUUCACGGAGUUUGAUGCGAAGAAACUUUUUAAAUUGUACAAACAUGCCCUGAAGAAGAAUGAUGAGAAACCUCUGGAGAGUUCAGAGACAAACUCCAAGAAUUCCUCUCCCGUUAAGACGCCAUCAAAGGGCGGCGGAGAUGCUGCAAAUGCCAAUGAUUUGGCUGAUGGGACAAAGGGACAGAAUUCAAAGAGACGCGACCGGAAGGAUGGCAAAAGGAGGCAUCAACAGCAGCAGCAGCAGCAGCAACAGGGAACGUCAAGUGGAAGGGCAGCAAAAGACACACGGAGUGAGCAACAGAAGGCAGAAGGAGGAGGAACGAGUAAUAGUGUCGAUGGGGGUAGGAGUGAAAUUGAUGGGGUUAAGCGGCGCCUCGAGGAGGGUGAAUGUGAACCUGAUGGAAAGGAUGCGAUCAACUACAAAAGACUGAACACGGAUUCAAGAAUCCGCGAUAAGGAUGAUAGGAAAAAGUGGGAUGACUACAACUCAGGAGGAAACGAUCGAAUAAGGAAUAGGCGCAAUUCAGGUGGAUGUCAACAGUUGUCGCCACUCAUGUCCUUACCACGAUCGGGUCCCAUAGCGUCGGUCAAUCAGAGAGUUCCUAUGUAUCCGAGUGAUCCGCGUGAUGGGCGAUUACCCUAUUCGGAUCCAUCCAUUGAUCCGCGAUGGAAUGUCAGAGAAAGGUUCAAUGAUCACAAAAGGUACGACUAUGGGAGACCACAAGGAGGAUAUCACAGGGAUAGUAGAGAUCAUCGUGACAGGGAUCGUAGAAUUGAUAAGAGAAGAUAUCCAUCGGGGCAUGGAAAAUUGUGUUGUAUUUUGUAA